UUAGACUCCCCAACCUGAUACUUUUUAGCAUUGCGGAUAACCAAUUUUGGGGACCCAUUCCAGCUUCUCUUUCUAACGCAUCUAGAAUGGAAAACCUUGAGCUAUCAGAUAACAAUUUUUCGGGGGGAGUUCCUUUUGACCUGGGGAGAAAGAUGAAGAAUCUUUUCGUUCUAAAUCUAGGUAAAAACAAUUUAGGUUCUGGGGAUGCUAGUGACUUGACCUUCAUCGAUUCAUUAACAAACUGUAGCAAGCUACAAAUAUUUGGUUUCUAUGAAAAUGGUUUUGGUGGUGUUUUACCCACUUCCAUAGCCAAUCUCUCGAGUCACCUCAAUUUUUUAGGAGCAGGAAGGAACCAGCUGGUUGGAACCAUCCCCGUGGGAAUUUCAAACUUCGUCAACUUAGAUACUUUGGGUUUGGAAGAAAACCAUUUUUCAGGGGUCAUUCCCUUUGAAAUAGGGAAGCUUAGAAACCUCGAACUAGUAUCUUUCAGUACAAACAAAUUGUCCGGUCCGAUCCCAGAAAGCAUUGGAAAUCUCACUCGAAUAUUUGGGCUAGACCUUGGGGGGAACAACUUGAACGGAACCAUUCCUUCAAGUAUUGAAAACAUCCUGGGCUUGCAUACCUUGAAUCUCUCACAUAAUUUCUUAACGGGUCCCAUUCCCCAAACAGUAGGCCUUUUCUUCUCUCUCACUUUCAUGUACUUGUCUUAUAACUCUUUUAAGGGUGCCCUGCCACUCGAAAUCGGGAAAUUGAACAAUCUCCAAGAACUAGAUGUUGCGGAGAACAAGUUGUCUGGACAUAUUCCUAAUACUCUGGGAAAUUGCUUGAAAAUGGAAGGCCUUUUUCUAGAGGGUAACAUGUUUCAGGGUAGUAUUCCUCUCACUUUUAGCACCUUGAAAGGAAUAGAAAGUCUGGAUCUUUCGAGCAAUAACUUGUCCGGCCAAAUUCCUGAAGAUCUAGCUGCCCUCGUUCUUUUAAAGAAUCUAAACUUGUCAUUUAACAACUUGGUUGGUGAGGUGCCUUUGCAAGGUGUCUUUGGAAACUUGAGUACGAUUUCACUUGUUGGAAAUAAAGGGCUUUGUGGAGGCAUUGCAGAAAUGCAAUUACCUGCUUGCCCAAAGUCCAUAAAGAAGGGGAAUCGCCUUGGCUUCAAAAUUAUUGUUCCAAUUGCUUGCAUAAUCCCAUGUCUUUCACUGGUGCUACUUUUGGUUGCUUUUCUUAGGAAAAGAAAACAGAAAAACAAAUCUCUCACCCAACUAGUUAUGGGAGAUGAUUUCUUGAGGGUUUCAUAUGAUCAGCUCCUUAACGCCACUGGUGGAUUCUCUUCAUUAAACUUAAUUGGAGCUGGAAGUUUUGGCACCGUGUACAAAGGAAUUCUCCAUGAAGGGGCUAAACCAAUUGCAAUCAAGGUGCUCAAUCUUGAACGAAGAGGAGCUUCGAAGAGCUUCUUGGCUGAAUGUGAAGCUUUGAGGAAAACAAGGCACAAAAAUCUUCUUAAGAUCAUAACAGUUUGUUCAAGUACAAACCAUGCAGGUGAUGAUUUUAAAGCACUAGUUUUUGAGUACAUGCCCAAUGGAAGUUUAGAGAAGUGGUUGCAUUCAGGAGAGGAUACACCGCAACAAGAAUGGAUCUUAAGCCUUUCCCAAAGGUUAAAUAUAGCAAUCGACGUUGCAUGUGCCUUAGAAUACCUUCAUCACCGUUGUGAAACUCCAAUUGUUCACUGCGAUCUAAAGCCAAGCAAUGUUCUCAUUGAUGAAGACAUGAUUGCCCAUGUGGGAGAUUUUGGGCUGGCCAAGUUCCUCACCAUCAACAGUGGUAACAGUGAUGGCGGGCAAACAAAUUCACUUGCAAUCAAAGGUUCUAUAGGCUAUGUUGCGCCAGAAUAUGGAAUUGGAGGAAGGACAUCUACAGAAGGUGAUGUUUACAGUUAUGGGAUUUUGAUAUUGGAAAUGCUGACAGGAAAAAGACCGACAGAUGAAUUGUUUACAAUCAGACAAAGCCUUCAUGAAUUUUGCAAGGAGGCAUUGCCAGAGAGAGUGAUGGAGAUUGUUGAUUCGCGCAUGCUAUUAGUAGAACCUAUUGAAGCUGAAAAUGAUGCUCAGAAAGAAAGAGUCAGACGAGACAAAAUAAGAGAAUGCUCAGUUUCCCUUGUGAGGAUUGGCAUUGCAUGUUCUGCGGAAUCACCUAGCGAAAGGAUGAACAUCAAGGACGUGAUCAUCGGAUUAAUGAAAAUAAAGGAAGUAUUUCUUGGAGUAGGUAUCCAUGGCAGGAGACAAAUGAGGAUGCGACUCACCGGCGAAGGAACGUCUCGAGAAUAGCUACUAAGAGUGCCACUAGAGGUAUGGACUCAGCGGAGGAUGCUUGGAAGGUUUGAAGCACAAUCACUUUGUUAGAAAGGCCAAAAGCCAAAUAUGCAGGCCGGUUUGUUAAUCAUGUAAGUAAAGAAGAAUAAAAGAGAAGGUGAAAGUUCUUUCCCAUGUAUAGUUUUGAGUUUUCAAGUAGUCAUAGUUGUGCAUAUUUAAUUCCGUAUACAUGUAAG